CGCGAUGCUGGGUGUCGUGGAGCUACUGCUGCUCGGGGCGGUGUGGCUGGCGGGCCCGGCCCGGGGGCAGAAUGAGACGGAACCCAUCGUGCUGGAGGGCAAGUGCCUGGUGGUGUGCGACUCCAACCCCACGUCCGACCCCACGGGCACAGCGCUGGGCAUCUCUGUGCGCUCCGGCAGCGCCAAGGUGGCCUUUUCUGCCAUCAGAAGCACCAACCACGAGCCCUCCGAGAUGAGUAAUCGCACCAUGAUCAUCUACUUCGACCAGGUACUAGUGAACAUCGGGAACAACUUUGAUUCAGAACGCAGCACUUUCAUCGCCCCGCGCAAAGGGAUCUACAGUUUUAACUUCCACGUGGUAAAAGUCUACAACAGACAGACCAUCCAGGUGAGCCUGAUGUUAAACGGGUGGCCGGUGAUUUCAGCUUUCGCCGGUGACCAGGACGUGACCCGGGAGGCCGCCAGCAACGGAGUCCUCAUCCAGAUGGAGAAAGGCGACCGGGCCUACCUCAAGCUGGAGCGGGGCAACCUGAUGGGCGGAUGGAAGUACUCGACCUUCUCCGGGUUCCUCGUGUUUCCCCUCUGACUGCCUCGUCUCCGGAACAGGAGGCCGGGAGCGGGCGAGGCAGGAGGGGGGGUG